CUCAUUUAAAUAUAAAAUAAGUGAUAGGCCAAAUUAACUCACAUGCGCUCCUAUGACGGGUUUAUUAGAGACUUCCUUGCAAGAACAUAGUGAAAUAUCCUUUCCUCGUUUCAAUAUUUGGAACAAAUAAACCAUUUGAUAUUUAUAUUUGAAGACUUAGAAAUGUAGUUUUGUUUGUUGUGAUUUACCCUUCCUCCAUGCGCUUGACUUGCAACACCAUCGACUGUUUCUUUGUUCUCUGGCCUGCAUGCAGUUACUACAUUUGGCCUGGAAGAUGGCACCCUUGCUCCGCGCAACAUCACAACACUCUACAACUUGACCCCUGUGACGUCACCUCCGUCUGGCGCAUCAAGGCCACUUUCAAGCUCCUAUUGGUCUGAUAGUCACGUGGCACGGUCGUACCUUCAUAAUUAUGUCACUGAUGUUUUUUUGACGUCCCCCUCCUUUCCCCUCCCUCCUCCCUACUCUCCUUCUUCCCCUCCCUUCAUCCAACUCAAAUAUGUCACUCUCUAACUAUCAUAAUCCUCUUGGAAGCAUCUGUGGUGUUGUAUCAAAAUAAGAGCUGUAGGGUGAUAAAAUGGAAUGCCCAAACGGCAUGUCCGCUGCCAGCGCUUCCCUCCGCAUGAACACCCCCGUAGAAGGACCCGCCGCCUGCAGAGGUGAUAGCUAUUUCGGCAGUUCCGGAAUGUUCGUGCAAAGCGCCGAGUAUGACUGCUCCUUGGUGAGAAAUUAUGGAAUCGCUUCUCUCUCUAAACGUCACCAGUCUCAGAGCGCACUGGUGGGCGCAUAUCCACAUCAACACUAUGUAUUGCCAAUGGACACUCUAAGGGAAGAUCAAAAAAUGUGCGCAUCCGAACAGCCUGUUGCCCGACCUUCGUUUCUAAGCCCUUUGUCAUCGGGCGUUGAAGUCUCUGUAAAUUCCCACUACCGUCCCGCCAGUAUCGGAUGUAAAGAGACGGUGGAACUCUCCACGUACACUCAGAUGACAGACAUCAGUCGCUCCAAUCGACUCCAAGAUUCUGAAGAGGACAUGCCAAGUGCGCGCCUUCAGUACGCGAGCGAAAACACACUCCAAGUUAGCGGGCUAAAGUCGGGGUUCCCAUCCGUCCAUGUACCUGAACCUGAGACGCUCGCUACGCAGCCGUUCACCGACACCUGCAAAGUCAGCCUGAACUCUAGUUUGCUCGAAUUUAAAAACGACGAUAGCGCGCCUAAAAGACUCUCAGAAAAGGAGAAUGUUCUCAAGACGGACUGUAACACAGAUAAUUCAGACAGCGAGGUGAAAGAUGAAUCUAAACCGGCCAUGGUCGCAAGUAACUGGCUCACAGCGAAAAGCGGCCGAAAGAAGAGAUGUCCAUACACCAAACAUCAGACACUGGAGCUGGAAAAAGAGUUCCUCUUCAAUAUGUAUCUUACUCGUGAGCGCCGCCUGGAGAUCAGCAAGAAUAUCUCACUCUCCGACCGGCAGGUUAAGAUUUGGUUCCAGAACCGACGCAUGAAACUGAAGAAAUUCCACCGGGAGAGCAGGGUGCGAGAGCUGACCUCGGGUUAUGACUACACCUGAGCAGCACUUUUAAGCCCACCUUUGCAUUCAUAAAUGUUCACAUAACCCACUGCGGGAAACAAUACAAACACGCAACAGCUAUCAACCCCAGAGAAAUAAAGAUCCCAUUGUAUACAACUGAGUUUUUCCAUCUUUUCAUAGUUCGAAUAUGGCGCUUCUUGUCACAGAUCUGUGAUGAGUGACAUGCGUUUUGUAUUUGCCUGAUGUCAAAAUUAAAACGCCAGACAGGCCAAUCUGCUGUACUUAACUUGGGCCUAGUGUAUGUUUAAAUAUUUGUCGGUGAUAGUUUAAGAUGUAUUUAGAUUAGAAUACAUUGUGCAAUUUUAAUCUUAAUGUUCAUACAUGUCUGUUUUACGAUUAAGUAUUAUGCAUUCAUCUCAUAUUUGUUGCUUGCGUUUCUGAUAUAUAUAAACUGGACUACCCCCCUUGUGUACUUUGAGUGAAAUGCAUGCAUGCACUUCUUUGGCACAUAUCCUAAAUUAUUCAAGUUUUUCAAACGAUGAGCGGCCUGUUUGACAAAAAAAUAAAUAAAACGGGUUUUGGAGCAUUAUCUCUCCCUUCUGUCUUUCCCCUUGGUAUCGUUUAUGGUUGAUUUGAAGACAGUAAGAAAGGAAUGAGAGUGAGGGAGAGAGAGAGAGAUCCUGGUAGUUUCAAUGUAAGUGGAAGAGCGACCAUA